AAGACCAGUCAUAAAGUGAGUUAAAGCGAUCCAAUCAAGAUCUAUUAAGUGAAAACUCUGAAUCAAGAUGAAAUACAUAAUUUUUACUUUGAUUGUAAUCAGUCAACUGGUCUUAAUGGUGAGAUGUCUACCACAACUUCCCAGCCCAACUGGUCAAAUACCAUCACAACUUCCAGCAUCAUUCCCAGGUGGUCAAACACCACCAGCAGCGGCAGGUUCAAAUCCAUUUUCAAGUAUACCUGGAUUGCCAUGCCCUUCUUUACCAACAAAUGGGGCAAAUGCGGCAAAUGCGGCAAAUCCUGCUUCAGACCUAAUUGAGUUCUUGAACCCAUUGAACCCGUCGAACCCGUUCAAUUCAUUUUUGCAGGAAAUGCAGAAUGCAGUUCGUUCAGCUCUUCCAAUGUUUCCUCCAAAUCCUUUUCAACCUCCUCAUUGAAUUUGAGAAUAAAAAAAGCUAAUUUCGAAUUAUAAUUCAUGGUUCGAAAUAAAUUUGUUAUUCAAAUAAA